AUGAAUAAUCAAUUUGAAGUUUUUAGACCAAAUAGCUAUACAUAUGAUGUUUUAGCAAAACAAUAUACAGAAACAAUAGCAUCAUCAGGGCAUAUGGUUCUAUCGCAUCAUGGAUUUUAUAAAGGAAAUUUAAAUGAAAAUAAAUUAAAGAACGGUAAAGGUACAUUUUUAUUCCCAAAUUCAAUAUACUCUGGUCAAUGGAAUUCAGAUAAAAAAGAAGGAGAUGGUACUUUAAUAAUUUUAAAACCUCAAAAAAUUCAAAAAAAAUCAUCACAAUCUAAAAGUCAGCAACAACCACCAUCACAAACAAAAAAAUCAUCAUCUCCAAUUAAUUUAUCACCAAGAUUACAGGGUCAAAAUCCAACUAUUACAACAAACGGGAGUAAUAAUAAUAAUAAAGUUAAUAUAGAAUCAUUAAUAAAUAAAUUAAAUGAUAAAUUUAAUCAAUGUGAAGAAUUGAUUAAUCAAACUAGUCAAGAAGAAUUUUUAAAACAGCAAGAUUAUUAUAACGGUAAAUGGAUAAAUGGUAAAGCUAAUGGUAUUGGUUGUUUUCAUUUUUCAAAAGACGAUUCUAUGCAUUACGAUUUUUGGAGAUAUGGAGUUGUAAUUAGAUAUGCAAAUCAACAAAAUAUUUUAAAACCAUUAUAUGAUGAUUCAGUGCCAGCUGGUUUAUUAAAUUCAAGAGAGAUUUUAAAAGAUAUGAUGGAGGAUUGGAAAAGUGUUGUUGUGGGUGACGAUGAUUUCCCUUGUACGAGACCUUAUUUAACAACUCCAACAGCUUCAAUAAGUUUAAAUCGAGAAAAUAUUAAUAUUUAUAGUAAUAAUAAUUCAAAUGGAACAACUUCACCAACAUCACCAUCAAUUUUAUCACCAACACAAGUACCAUUAUCACCACCAAAAGUAAAUACAGCUCCUUCGACUUUAAUUAGUGAAGAUGAUAAUAAUUUCACUUCUGGUAGUGGUUUUUGUUCUCCAUCAUCAUCAUUAUCAAUUAAAAUGAGUUCACCAAUUUCAUCGGGUUUACAACAUUCAAAAACUCAACCAAAUGUUUCACAAUCACAAAACCAACAAAUUCAACAACAACAACAACAACAACAACAACAACCAUCAUUAUUAGUAAAUUCAACAAUAGUACAAACAAAUACAAAUAAUAAUAAAUUUAAUGAUUUAUUAAUUAAUCAAAGAAAUCAACAAAAAAUUUUAAAAAAACAAUUAUUAAAAUCAAAUCAACAAAAGCAAUCAUUUGGUAUAAUUACAUCCAAUUAUUUAAAGAGUAGAUUAGAGAAUGAAGAGAAAUUUUUUAUGACAUUAAUUUUAUUUAUUUCAAAAUGGGAAAUUCCAUUUAAAUCUUUUAACAUUCCAAACAAUCCAUCAAUUCAUGCAAGUUUUUUAAUUUUUGUACCAGAUACUGAUAAUUGUACAUUCAUUUCUUUAUCAAAUCUUAUAAUGCAAUCAAAUGUUUUAGAAAGAUUAAUAUUUAAACUUUUAAUUGAUCCAAUGUCAAAAGUUUUAAAUUCAACUGCUUUAAAUACUUUAACAGAAUCUCAAACUCUUGGUAAUUUAUCAACAUAUAAUAAUAAUAAUAAUAAUACUAUUAAUAAUACUAUUAGUAUUGGUCAAAGUAAAUCAGCAAAUUCAUCACCAAAUAAAAUUUCACCAUCAGUUUCAUUAGUUGGUGUUUCAUCAUUAACAACUUUACCAUCAAGUACACCUGAAGAAAGGGAACUUCAUAAACUUUUACCAAUUUGUUUAGAUUUAGAUGAAACUCCACAUAUUGAAAAGGAAUGUAUAGCAUCAAUUUUAAAUAUUUUUAAACUUUUUCCAACAAUUGAAGAUUAUCAACCACCACAAUUCAUUCCUGAUACAAUUUGUAAAUUCAUUUCUUGUUUUAAAAAAACUAGAGCUUUAGAGAAUUAUUUAUUACAAAAACAAUUUCAAAUGUCAAAAGAUUAUUUCUUUAAACCAACCGCAACGACAGCAACACCAAAUAAUAAUAACAAUAGUAGUGGUAAUUCAAAAUUAACAACAACUACUCAUUUAACUAAUAAUACAACUACAACAACAAUAGUAUCAGGUUCAAAAACUUUAAAAAGAACAAAAGUAACACCACCAUCACAAUCUUCUUCUUCCUCUUCUCCUUCUUCUGAUCAGACAAAUUUACCAUCAAUAGCAAUAUCAAGUAGUAAUGGUAUUUCAUAUAAAUCACCACCUGUAACAAGUCCACCACCAACUAAACCAACAUUUUCAGUUUCAUUAACAACAUCAAAUAAAAUCGAUAUUUCUGCGUCAAAUCCAAAUGGUAAUGGUAUGAAAUUGUAUGGAAGUAAUGCUACAACAACAGCGGCAUCAUCUAUUUUAAAUAAUAAUAAUAAUAAUAAUAAUAAUAAUAAUAAUAAUAAUAAUAAUAAUAAUAAUAAUAAUAAUAAUAAUAAUAAUAAUUGUGGACAAAGAAGACAAACAGUAGAAUCAAUAUUUCCAACAUUUAAACAACAAUCAAAUACAGAUUUAUUAACAUCAUUAAUGCAAUCAACUUCAAUAUCAUUAAGUAAUAAAUAUAGUAGUAGUACAACCACCAUUUCAACAGUUGAUCAAACACCACCAGAAUUAACACUUCAAUCAUUAAAUAUUUUAUUAAGUCAAUUUAAACAAUCUUAUCUAUUUCCAGAUUCAAUAACUCUAUCAUUUAAUUAUUUAACAAAACAAAAAGAAAAUAUUGAACAAAUGGAAAAAAUAAUUCAAUCAAAAAUUCAAUUAAUUCAAGAAACAAAACCAAAACAACAACAAUUACAACAACAACAACAAAAAAAUCUUUUAAAUUAUUCAUCAUCAUUUAAUGAAUAUUUAACGAAUCACGAUAAUUUAAUUGAUUCAAUUUUAAUUGGUUUAAAGAAUGAUUUAUCACAAUUACAAAAAAGUUUUGAAAUUUGUUUAACACUAUAUAAAGAGAUGAUUACUCAACAAAUUCAAUUAGUAUUGAAAAGAUUAAAAUCCGCUCAUUCAUUCAUUAAUCAAUUAAUUGGUUUACCACAAAGUAGAGUUUCAAAGUUACCAAAAGAUUUCAUUGUUAGAUUUAUUAAACAUACUCAUAGAAUCAUUUAUCAAUUAUAUAAUUCUGCUAAUAAUACUUUCAUAAAAUUGGAUAAUGAAAUUAAAAUUGAUAUUGACGAAUUUAUAGUUCAAUCAAAUGAUUUAUUCUCUAAAUUACCAAAUGGGGCAAUUACAACCAAUGGAACAACAAUGAAUUCAAUUCCAUCACCAGUCUCACCAAUUGGAUCACCACCAUUACCAUCAAUAUCAGCAUCAGUUUAUGAAUACUUUUUAGGAAAGAAAUCAUCAUCUUCAUUAACUUUAAAUGUUUCUCAACAACAACAAUCAAGUAAUUCACUGGAUAGAUCGUCAGUUCAAUUUGAACCAUCAGAUAUUACACCUGGUCCUUUCUCUUUUAUUUCACCAUUGGAUAAAAUUAUUGAAGAGAUUAUGUCUGGACAUUAUCAAUUGAUUUUACCAGUUGCUUCAAGUGGUGAUGAUUUAUUAGUAUCAGUUGUUUCACUAGGUUUAAUAGAUUUACGUUCUUAUCUUUCAUCAAAUAAUAGAUUAAAAGAAAUUAGUAAAUCUUCAUUAAUUCAAUUAUUUAAUAUUUUAUUACAUAGUACUGUAAUUUGUCAUAAUAUUAAUUCUUAUUUACCAGAAGUUUUUAAAACUUUAAUUUUAUUAUUACCAUUUUACCCAAAAAAAGAUGAAUUAUUUAUUAAAUAUAAAGAAAUUUUUAUUGGAUUUAUGGAAUUAUGUGUUAUUGAUGAAUUAUGUGGAUUUAGUUUUAUUUAUUUAGAAUUUUUAGGUUUAUUAGUAAAACCAAAGAAAAAAGGUUUAAGAAAAGAAUUAAAGAAAGAAUUUGUUGAAUUAUUCCCAAUUCAAUUAUUUAUUGAUAUAAUGGAGAAACCAAUCGUUGAUGCUACAAAUAAGAAUGCUGAAAAGACAAGAGCACAAGCUGCACAAAUUUUAAUUAAUCUUUCAAUUUCAUCAAUUGAAUGUUUAUUAGAGGUAAAGAGUAAGAAUGCAUUGGGACCAAUUUUAGAUAUUUGUAAAUUUGGUCAAGCUUUUGCUCAUACUCAAAUUGAAGAGAGUGAAUUACAAAUAUUACAAUUCUUGGGUGAAGGUGCCUUGGCGGAAGUUCAUAAAGGAAUUUGGAAAGGUAAAGAAGUUGCUGUCAAAAUUUUCAAUGAAGGUUCAUUUAGUUUCCGUUUAGAGGAUUUUUUAAAAGAAGUUGCUAUACUUGGUUUAAUUAGUCAUCCAAAUCUAUUGAAAUUAAAAGGUGCUUGUAUUGCACCUCGUUCACAUAAAUCAACAUUUAUGAUUGUUACAGAGUUAAUGCAUAAAGGUACUUUGUUGGAGGUUAUCAAUAAGAAUAAACCACUUUCAUUGGAGGAUAUUAUAAAGUAUGCCUUGUCUGUAGCUCAAGGUUUGGCAUAUCUUCAUUCUGUCGAUUUCAUUCAUCGUGAUAUUAAAGCUGCCAAUAUUUUAGUCGAUAAAAAUAAUAAUGCAAAAGUUGGUGAUUUCGGUCUAAGUCGUGUUAUUGAUAAUAAUUUCAAUAUGACAGCUGUUGCUGGUACACCAAAAUGGGAGUCACCAGAAUGUCUAAUGGGUGAAGCUUAUACAAGUGCCUCUGAUGUUUACAGUUAUGGUAUGAUGUUAUUCGAAUUGGCCACUGGUGAUGAACCAUUCUUAGAAAUUCAAUCAAUCGUUGAAUUGGCACGUUCAGUUUGUGAUAAAAAAUUAAAACCAAAAAUUUCAAGCUCAGUUCCAAAUUUUAUUUCUUCUUUAAUUAAAGAUUGUUUACAUAAUUCUCCAAAGAAACGUCCAACAAUGAAUCAAAUAAUUCAAAAACUUUGUAAUCAUAAAUGUUAA